AUGGAAACCAUCUAUGACGGUAUCCAGCGACCCCUCCGAGCCAUCUCCGAGGUCUCCAAGGGCAUCUACAUCCCGCGUGGCAUUUCCGUCAAUGCGCUGGACCGCGAAAAGAAGUGGGAGUACAAGCCGGCCGCCUACAAGGUCGGCGACCACAUCACCGGCGGUGACAUUUGGGGUACCGUGUUUGAGAACAGCUUGGUGAACGACCACAAGAUCUUGCUACCCCCUCGGGCGCGGGGUACCAUCACGCGGAUAGCCCCCGCUGGCAGCUAUACCGUCGAUGAGAAGCUGCUGGAAGUCGAGUUCGAGGGCAAGAAGACCGAGUAUGGAAUGAUGCAGACGUGGCCCGUCCGUGUGCCCCGCCCGGUCGGUGACAAGCAGUCCGCCGACGCUCCCUUCAUUGUCGGCCAGAGAGUGCUGGAUGCUCUCUUCCCCAGUGUGCAGGGUGGCACCGUGUGCAUUCCCGGCGCUUUCGGGUGCGGCAAGACUGUCAUUUCGCAGUCAGUGUCCAAGUUCUCCAACAGCGACAUCAUCGUCUAUGUUGGCUGUGGUGAGCGUGGUAACGAGAUGGCGGAGGUCUUGAUGGAUUUCCCAGAGGUAGGCAUGAGUCUCUGUUCUACUCCGACCUUCACUGACUGUUCUGUUUUUUUCCAGCUUUCCAUUACCAUCGAGGGUCGCAAGGAGCCCAUCAUGAAGCGUACCUGCCUGAUCGCCAACACCUCGAACAUGCCCGUGGCUGCGCGUGAAGCCUCCAUCUACACCGGUAUUACGAUUGCCGAAUACUUCCGUGACCAGGGCAAGAACGUGGCCAUGAUGGCGGACUCCAGUUCCCGCUGGGCCGAGGCCCUGCGUGAGAUUUCGGGUCGUCUGGGAGAGAUGCCUGCUGAUCAAGGUUUCCCGGCCUACCUGGGUGCCAAGCUAGCCUCCUUCUACGAGCGUGCUGGCAAGACUACCGCUCUAGGUAGCCCCGAGCGUGAUGGCAGUGUCAGCAUUGUCGGUGCCGUCAGUCCGCCCGGUGGCGAUUUCUCCGAUCCCGUCACCAGUAGCACCCUAGGUAUCGUCCAGGUGUUCUGGGGUCUCGACAAGAAGCUGGCGCAGCGCAAACACUUCCCAUCGGUCAACACGUCCAUGUCGUACAGCAAGUAUACUAACGUUCUGGACAAAUACUACGAAAAGGACCACCCCGACUUCCCACGCCUGCGCGACCAGAUCCGUGAGCUGCUAACCAAGUCCGAGGAUCUGGAUCAAGUCGUGCAGCUGGUCGGUAAGGCGGCACUGGGCGACUCGGACAAGAUCACACUGGAUGUGGCGGCCAUGCUCAAGGACGACUUCCUGCAGCAGAACGGCUACAGUGACUACGAUCAAUUCUGCCCGCUGUGGAAGACGGAGUACAUGAUGAAGGCGUUCAUGGGCUUCCACGACGAGGCCCAGAAGGCCAUCGCCCAGGGCCAGAACUGGAGUAAGGUGCGCGAGGUUACGGCAGAUCUCCAGACGUCGCUGCGCAGCAUGAAGUUUGAGGUCCCGGACAACGAGCAGGAGGUGACAGCGAAGUACGAGAAGAUCCUGCAGUCCAUGACAGAGCGGUUUGCCUCGGUGUCGGAUGAGUGA